AUGAAGGCUAGUCUGGAUAAUAAGGAGAAUAUUAAUGUGGUAAAAGCUGGACUAUUUAAUAAAAGUUCAGUCAAGUCGAAUAAUUUGCCCAAUUCACACAAGAUGCGACGGUUAUCUAGUAGACCAGCGUCUCAGAAUUCAAAUACACUUUGUGAAAGUCAGAAGCUACGACUGCUUAUUUAUGAGAAACAACAGGAAUUGGACCAAAUGAAUACGAGUUCAAUUACAUUGAGAACACAAAUAGAGACACAAAUCUUGAACAACUUUACAGAAGAGAGUAAAUAUCUAAGUCUUGAAAGAAAGUUAUCAGAUAUAAAAAUGAGUAUUGCAAAGUUGGGUGAUUAUGAAGAGUCUUCUAUGACAGAAUUGAAAAGGAAAUUUGAAAUAAAUAGCCAGGAAAUGAUGAUGCAGCAUAAAAAGAGGCUCAACGCUAGAAAAGAGGAAAUUGCUUUGCAAAUUGAUGAGUUUUUAACAAAGAAAAAAUCAGAGUACUUGGUGGAAAUUGACCAAUUAACUCAGCAAGUUGAAAAUAUAAAAGACCAAAGUAGUAGGCUAGAUCAAAAUUUGCAAGUGAAAAUAAACCUAUUUCAAAAGCAACACGAAGCGCAAGAGAAGCAAUCUCUAGAUCUUAUUAAGGAGCAAAUUGCUGAUCACGAGAGAGAAAUAGAGACGAUAAAUCAGUCCAUUGUAACACUAGAGACUGCUACCACAAGUUUCAAUAGUAAGGAUAUUCCCCAUUAUAAACAAGAUUUAGUAAAGUAUGAACAAAUACUAAAGCAACUAACAACCAAGAACUCGGAAAAGGAACAAGAAAUCAAUAACUUUGAACAACAAAUUAUAGCAAAGAAACAAGAGUUGUCCAAUCUCGAAUCUGCAUCCUUAGAAAGAAGUGAAGAAUCCAAGAGAAUGCAGUUUGAAAUUCAAAGAAUGAAAAGCGAGUUGAUUGGUCAAGAAACUAAGAGGCGCGUUUUGCACUCUCUUUUACAAGAGUUGAAAGGGAACAUAAGAGUGUUUUGUCGGAUUAGAGCAGUACCAGAAGGUUCCCGAUUGAUGAACUUUGCACUCUCUGACGAUGAUCUAAAUGAAGAAGGGAAACAAGAGUUGACACUAACUAAGGACAAUGUGGGCAUUUCUAAAUGUAGUAACACCACCUAUACCUUCCAAUUUGACAAGAUUUUUUCCAUGACCAAGGGCAACGAACAUAUAUUUGAAGAGUAUUCUCAACUCAUACAAAGUUGCAUUGAUGGACAGAAUGUUUGUGUAUUUGCAUAUGGACAAACUGGAUCGGGAAAGACCUUUACAAUGUCCAACCCUUCAAAUGGGAUGAUUCCACUAUCCAUCAAAAAGAUCUUUGAUGACAUCAAAGAACUCAAGGAACAGCUGCAACAAUGGUCUUAUGAAAUUACAGGAAGAUUUGUUGAAAUUUACAACGAGAGUAUUGUGGACUUGCUUGAUCCACAACCUGGUGAAAAGCAUGAAAUCAAGCACGAUGAUAUCAAUUGCAAAACAAGUGUUACCAAUAUAAAAACUGUACCAAUCACAUCGCCAGAGCAGGCAAAUAGGCUAUUAGCUCAGGUUAAUAGUCGAAGAAGCACAGCUGCGACCAAGUCAAAUGACAAGUCUUCGAGGUCACACUCGAUAUUUAUUAUGGACGUCAAUGGGUAUAAUAGAGCCACUAAAACUCAGACUUUUGGAACACUCAAUCUCAUUGAUCUAGCAGGCUCAGAACGGAUAAGUGUUUCUCAAGUGGAAGGAGAACGCUUGAAAGAAACUCAAGCUAUAAACAAAUCACUUUCGGCACUCGGUGAUGUUAUUUCUUCAUUAAACUCAACUCAAGCUUCUCAUAUACCUUAUAGAAACUCCAAGUUGACUUAUCUAUUAAAACAUAGUCUAGGUGGUAACUCAAAAACUUUAAUGUUUGUUAAUGUGUCACCAUUGAGUUCGGACUUCAAUGAGACAAUGAACUCUCUACGAUUUGCUACAAAAGUGAAUAACACAAAAUUAGGGUAA